CGGAAAUGCAGGUGCGUGUUUUAUCUCCGCAUUUAAUAAAAAAACGCACGUGUGGUGAAAAUAUAAUCAAAACAUCCCCGAGAUUAUAAUAAUGAAUAAUUCGGGCGCAGCUGGACAGAUGUCGGGAUAUGCACGGUUCCCAGGGCCUCCAAAUUCUGGCCAUCACUUCUCACCCAGAUUUACACACAGAGGCCCACCCCCAAAACAACCCAAUUUCUACAUGCCACCCCACCAGUCAUCCGUAAGACAGCAGGUAUCAUACUCUGAUAUGAACUUAUUUAGCAAUGGUGCCAACAGACAGAAUGCAAAUUAUGCCUAUGGGAAGAACUUCGGCCAUCCUAGACCAAACUUUAACUCUCCACCCCCUCGGCACCAGGUUUCUUAUGGAGAUUCCAAUAUGUUUGCUUCUAAUACCAGCCAACAAUACAUGUUUAAUUCUCCGCAAAACCCUCCUCCACCUCAGCUAAAUCAGCAAAAUGGAAACCAGUGGCAACAAAAUCAUGGACAUCAAAAUGGGCAAUGGAAUAAUCAUUUCCAAAAUGAAAGUACUAAAAUGAAUGGUAGUGUGAAUUUUGCAGAAAAUGGCUUCAAUGGUAUGAAAGCAACUCAUAACAACAGAAAACCUUGGAAUAACAAUGUAUGGAGUAAUCUACCAAAAGAUUUCAACAAGAAGCAUGAACAUUUCCCUAAAAAGAAGAAAAAGCCCAAAGUAGACAAGAGGGACCUAGCAGAAAACAAUGUAUAUUUCUGUGAGACAUGUGACAGGGGAUACAAAGCUCAGGACAAAUACCAAGAGCAUAUUGACAGUCAUGUCAAGUGCAGACAUGAAGGAUGUUCAUACACUGCACACCCCAAACUGGUCCAGCUUCAUGACAGAACGCAACAUUCUAGUGGACUUGCAACCAAGAUAUGGAAAUUAGAAUCUCCAGAAGACAUUGCCAAAUGGAGAGAAGAAAGGAAAAGAAACUUUCCAACAGCUGAAACAGUCAAAAGAAAGAAUGAGAUCAUACAGGAGAAGAUAGCCAGAGGUGAAGUCAUUGAGACAAAGACAUUUGGGAAAAUGAGGAACAAAGGUGGAAAAAAAGAUAAAUUUGGAAAGUGGAAAAACAAGAGACAGAAUAAUAGGAAUAAUUGUGGAAGAAGGGAAGAUGACUGUACAGAAACUCCUCCAAAAAUUGGGACACCAUCCACAAAGGUCGCUGACAAAGAUAAAAGAUUUGAUGCGGACCCGCUGUCACUGCUCGAGGGGCUGGAGGAAACUGUCCCCGAUUCUGACCAGGCUGUGUCAGCGGUAGGAGGACUAGCCACUCUGAUGGCCAACUACAGUGACAGUGAUGAGGAGAAACCCCCACAGACCAACAAACCGUCGCACACUGACAUACCAUCACAGAAUGACACACUGUCAAAAAAAGAAAUCCAGUGUGUAGAAAAUGGGGAAAAUAAUGGCACCGAACAUGGAAACAAAAGGAAGAGAAAGAGACAUAGGAAAAAUGAUGGCGACUUUAGCUCUCGACCUAAAGUCAGGAAGUCUACACUAUUAGAGAAGCUUUUGGCACCAGAUAUAAGAAGAGAAAGAAACUUGGUACUGCAAUGUGUAUACCACAUUGUCAAGGAGAACUUUUUCGGAGUCGGUAGUAAAAAGGAGGACAAGGAACCAAAUCUCGAAGUGACAUGUGAUAGUGAGGAAGGUUGUGUGAUCAAACCUGAGACUGAUGGUGAAAGUUGUGUCCCUCCAGACUCUAGUAAAUCUGAAGAGACAUCAGAGGACAAGCUGAACUGUAAACAACCAAACCACUUGGACAUAAAAAUUCAGAACGUGGUCGUUGAUCCCCUGAAAACUGAUUCCAUCAAGGAGUGCGUAAUCGAUGACCAUGCCUGGGCAUGAAUUUUGAUAGUUAAUCACUCACUUAUGACAAAAUAAAAAAUAUAUACUGGUAAUUAUCUUA